GCCGGAAAUGUAGUUUAUCGGUGCGCAGAAUCGCCUGACGGUUGUGGCGGGCAGUGAGUGUGUUUGAGCAGCGAUGGAUCAUGGUGGAUAGGGUUCCCUCCACCCAGAAGCGACGCCGGGCUGAUAGAGACUCUUAGGCGGGACGUUCUCACCGGAUCUCGGUUGACGUUUGGAAGGAGCGGGCCGUUUGCCCGCCGUUAGCUGCUAGCCGGCUGGAGUGUUGUUAGCUUUGUAGCUACGGACGGACCGCAGCCGGGCUUGUCGGGUCCGCUUAUCUGCCUGUCCAGUCGGAGACCCAGGAGGCGAGCUUCACUUUGUAGCUGGAAGAGGCAAGAUCGGAGGUCAUGUUUCUCCACUAUGAACUCAGUCCGCAAACGCCUGAAACUAAGCCCAGCCGAGCCACAGCAUGCCUACAGCAGCUCCAGUAGCUCCGGCGUUGGAGCAGCGCGCCUCAGCGCGGAGGAUGCUGCGCCAGGAGCCAGAGCUGAGGAAGAGGGGGAGGAGGAAGGCUACCUGCUGGUAGAGGAAGACACCACUGAUUCCAGCCUCAUCAUCACUAUGGAGGAGAACCUCGAGGAGGUAAAGGCUCAGAGGAAGAAGAUGGGGAAGAAGAAGAAACGGACUCUGAAUGAGAAGGGCCGGACUCCAGAGACGGAGGAAGAGGAGACGGGCGUGGAGGUGGAGAUCGACAGCGAGCUAGACCAGGCUCUGGAGACCAAAUCCAAACAGCACAACCUCACCACUGUGAACGUUAAAAACAUCAUCCAUGAAGUGAUCACCAAUGAGCAUGUGGUAGCCAUGAUGAAAGCGGCCAUCAAUGAGACCGAAGCAGUUCCUCCAUUUGAGCCUAAAAUGACUCGAUCCAAGUUUAAAGAGGUGGUGGAGAAGGGCGUGGUCAUUCCCACCUGGAACAUCUCACCCAUCAAGAAAAGCAGCGACGCUAAAAAGGCUCCUCAGUUUGUGGACAUCCCACUGGAUGAGGAAGACUCCUCUGAUGAAGAAUAUCGUCCAGAUGAAGAAGAGGAGGAUGAGACGGCUGAAGACACGUUCCAGGAGAGCGACAUGGAGAGCACGGCUUCGUCUCCCAGGGGGACUCGGCUGAAUCGAGUAGAGGAGGACAGCUGCAGCCCUUGGCAGACGUCUCGAGCUCGGUCCAGGCGUUUGAAGGAAGGGUUAAUGGGACCUCCUCCUCCUCCUCCUAAAGCCCUACCCUCCAAGGGUGUGACUGACAGCACCUUCCUGGAGAAGCUCCACGCUGUUGAAGAGGAGCUAGCUGGUUGUUUGGAGCCCUAUCAGCCUUUGUCUGAGUCAGAGGACGAGUCCGGGGUGAUGGCGUGCCGGACUCGGUCCAAGCGUCCUCUCCGCGACGUCCCUCUAGGCCAGCUGGAGGCCGAGCUCAAAUCUCCCGACAUUACUCCAGACAUGUACGACUCCAGCUCCGCCCCGGAGGACCGGGACUGGACCGACUGGCUGAGAGGCCUGUUGACCUCCGAAGUGGAUAACGAAGAGGAGUGUGACGAUGAAGACGAUCCAGAGUACAACUUCCUGGCUGAGAUCGAGGAGCCUGACCUGGAGGAUUACCGCGACGACAAGGCCGUCCGGAUCACCAAGAAGGAAGUGAACGAGCUAAUGGAGGAGCUGUUUGAAACGCUGAAAGAGGACCUGGCAGGCCAGGAAGUGGACGACGAAGUGCAGGAUGAAGAUGACGAGCCGCCGGAGGAAACGCCACCGUUCCGUGCCCACGCCCUCGAGGAGCAGCACAUAGGAGCAGCCGACCAGGAGGCCGAGGACGAACCAAUCACAGAGCUGCGAACGGUGAGGCAGCAGCUGGCGUUGCUCAGGAAGAGACGGUCGACAAACCCGCUGUUCAGCACCCAGACCCCAGAACCGUACACCCUGAGGCUGAACGCCCUGCAGAAGCAAAGGCUGCAGCAGCAGCUCCAACAGCACAUCCAGCUGCUGAUUCAGAUCAACCUGCUGACUUCACCUGUCCCCAAACUGCAUAGUGAGGCGGAGACCACCAGGCAGUUCCUGUUGGAGUUAGACAUGUUGGCUCAGAGGGGGGAGCUCAUCGGGUCUCCAGACCUUCCUGGUUUCCGCAGCGCUUUCAGAGCCUCUAACCUGCAGGGGGCGCUGGAGCUCCUGGAGGAGCUGCGACAGACGCCCAUCGACUACCAGCCGCAGAGCCACAAGCCCGAUGGCAGAGGACACAUGCGCUGUUACCCUGUCAUGCCAGCUGAGCUCGCCUGGUUGUUUGCUACCCGGCCCGUGUUCCUCUACCCCGAGCUGCUGCCCUGCGCCAACCUCGACCCGGCCAUGUACUGCCCCCGCAGGACGGCGGCGUUCACUGCAGCUGAGGACUGUCUGCUGGUCCUCGGCCUCAGGAACAUGGAGGGAGCGUGUGACCCACCAAAGCUUGUCUCUCAGUUUCUGCUCAGGAAAACUGUGGUGCAAGUCCGCCGGAGGAUCCUGCAGUGCUGCAGGCCGGGAACGCCAGACAACAUCGUGAAGGCCUUCAGGUAUCAGCAGGUGGUCUGGUCCAUGCCUACGGCCUGCGGUGGUGUUGACCCGGCGGAGCAGCGCCCCCCUGUGGCGAGGGAAGAGAACAACAUGCCUCUCUGGCUCGUGCGGAGCCUUCCUGUCAUCUAUCCCACCAUCAAACACUUCAACAGCCCCGUCUGCUCCUCCCCGGAGGCGCCGGCGGCCUGCAGGAGGGGCAAAGCCCGUCACAGCCACCUGGCCUUCCUGCGAUCGGCCUCCUCCUCCGGCUACAGCUUCCCCUCCGGCACCAGAUACCCGCCUCGUCUCCCUCCGAACCUGGACUUCAAACGCAUCGGUUUCAUCCUGCUGCAGCAGCAGCCGCCCGCCUCGCCUCCUAACAAGUCAUCCGGUAUCUCUGGGGGUCCGCCCGACUGCUCCUCCCACCCCCGUCUUCCUCACGUCCUUCUAAAGCGCCUCCUGAGCAAAAACGAGAAAAGCACUGACAUCAUUAUCACCUCCACCAUCUCCCUGCCAGCCACGGAGCAGAUUAAAUAUCACUGCCGGACUCUGGCGGGCCUGAGGAGGAGGAGAACGAGCAGGAGGCCGUCCGGUUCGUCCCCGGCUGCAGGAAAACCCGGAGUAAAAGGAGGCGAGAUCAGGAGGAGGAGGAGGAGGAGGGAAGAUGAGGCCGCUGCCUCUCCCGAGGGUCCUGCUUCCUGUACGGACAUUGGUAGCAGCAUCACCACCGAAGAAGAGCUGGAGGAGGAGGAGGAGGAGAGCGACGUGCUGCUGGUUUUGUCUGAGUCCUCGUCCAGCGCCGCAGGAAGCAUCUCCCAUGACGACGACCCGCCGGAUCCGACGGAGGCGGAGCCAGAACCGGGGAGGAAGGCGGCCGGCGCUGACGGAGACGUCCGAGGCGUGGCUUUAAACGAAGUCGGCGGCGCGUCGGUCACCCAGCAGCAGGAGAAGCUUUCGUCGGAGGAGACCGAAGACGAGGAGGACGACGUUCAGAGCGAGGCGGAGGAUGUGGUGUUUGCUCAGGAUUAUCUGCACAGGGUAUGUGAAGCGGUCCAGGUGCAGCCGGGUCUCUCCGAGCGGCUGCUGCAGGUGCUGGAUGAAUUUUCGGCGGCGGGGCCCUCGGGGGCCCCGGAGGUGCUGUACGACAGACUGGGAUGCUUGCUGCAGCCGUGGCCUCAGCUGCUCAAAGACUUUGCCGCCUUCCUGAGCCCGGGGCAGGCCGGCAGGUGUGGACUGCUGUUGGAGCAGCAGCUGUUCGAACGCAGCCGGCGGUUCCUGAGGCGCAUGGGCCGGAGCCUGGGAGAAAGCUCGCUGCUCUACCAGCAGGUGGUGUCUGUGCUGCAGGGAAGCUCCGCCCCCACAUCACAGGACGUGGACAAGGUUUCAUCUUUGCUCAGAAAGCAUCCAGACCUGCAGGGUGAGGUCCAGGAGAUCUUCCAGCAGCUCCACACCUGCUCCCGGACCGCUGAGGUGGACCCGGCCUCUCAGAUUCCUGACAGCGGUGACGGAGCGCCGACCGACGCUAUGCUGGAAAGUGAUGAAGACGAUGAAGGGCAGCGACGAGCCGUUUGUGCCAAAAACAUCACGGUGACCUCCAACGGGGAGAAGGUCGUCGUUUGGACUCGCGAGGCGGACCGUGCCAUCCUAACAGCCUGCCAGCAGAGUGGAGCCAACACGAAGACAUUCAGACAGGUGUCCGCCCAGCUGGGGAAUAAGACUGUUCAGCAGGUGCGCCUUCGUUUCCAGGACCUGAUGAAGCUUUUCCUCUCUGCGACCCAAAGGUCCACUUCCUCAGACGGCCGGCCGAGGAGCAGACCAGAGACGGCUCCGGACUGAUCCACUGACUCACGGAGGAGUCGGUUACUGACCUCAAAGUGGACAUCUAGGGGGAAAAAAGGGCAGAUCCAGUUCUUCUGAGGCGAGAUCACACCUGUGACCUCUGCUACAGGCGUACUUGAAUCGAGGCCAGAAGAAGCCCGGCAGACGGAGCUCAAGCUCCGCACCAAACAGUUUAAGCCAACUGGUUCAGUUCAGGAACUUUAUCAUUUUAAAUGAAUGCAGAAGGAUCCAUGAAAGCGGGGAACAAGUCCUUCAAGACUUCCCCUGAAGGGAUGAAUACAGAAUCGCUGUUGAACGUAUUCUUAUUUUAGAUUUUGUUUGACCUUGGUGCUGUGAAAAAAGGUUCUGAUUUGGACAUCUUUGCAGGGAAACGGCAGCUUAAAUGUUCCCUGCCAGCUUUAAUCCUGAAUGUGCCGGUCACUGUGAACAUCUUAGGAAUGAUCCACAGCGAGUCCAAGGUGUUUAGAGUAUAUUUGUAUUUCUUUUUUUUCUUUUUUUUUACACGUUAUUGAUGGCUGGCGCAGAAUUAAAGUGUUAUCACAA